AUGGUUGCUUGUCCUUUCACUACGGCAUGUUUGGAUCGGGGUUUGGGUUUUUCUUUCAGGAUUGGAGAUACUGAAUUUGGAUCCUGGUUCGAGAGCUUUUGCAAUACUCACCCAGGAGAUGAUAUUGAUAAAUUGGCUAUGAUUUUAUGGGGUGUUUGGGGAGCUAGAAAUGACUUGCUUUGGAAUAAGAAGAUUGCUUCUGUUGAAAGAGUUGUCUCUGCUGCAAUUACAUACCUUGAACUAUGGAAAGUUGCUCAGUUGAAAAAUGGAGGUGUCUCGGCAUCUCCUAGCCAAGUCUCGGCUAAAUCUGAGUUAUGGAGUAAACUGUCUUUGGGUGAGUUAAAGGUUAAUUGCGAUGCAGCCAUUUUUUCUAGGGAAAAGAGCCACGGCCUGGGGUGGAUUGCUCGAGACUCUGCUGGUGUACUUCUUACUGCUGCUGCCGUGAAAAUAAAUGGUGAUGUCGACCCUGUGGUGGUUGAAGCAAUGUCAAUGAAGGAAGCAUUAAGUUAG